AUGAGUAGCUUCCGAAUACUUUUCUUUUUUGUCUUCGCAGUUGAAUCGGUCAAGGCGAAUGCGUUUUUUGAACCGACGCCAACAGAGCCACCAGUGAAUAUUCUAUGGACAGAUGAUGACGUCGUUGUAAAUACGGCAAACACUACAACAACGUCAAUACCAACCACUAGCCCAAUACAGAGUCCACCUCCUCCUACUCUUGCUCCAGUUGUCCCACCUACACCAUUUCCUUCAAAGGCACCUACCAAGAGACCUACAAAGGCGCCUACACAGAAUCCAACGCCAGGCCCGACUCCCUUUCCCACGCCACCUCCGACUCCAUUGCCCACAAAGCUUCCCACUCCAUUGCCAACCAAGAACCCCACUCCGUUGCCAACUAAGAACCCAACCCCAGCGCCCACAAAGGCUCCCACAAAGGCACCAACCCCGGGACCAACUGCAGCACCAUCGCAAAGUCCAACUAGGAGACCAACUCGGCUUCCAUCCUCAGCGCCAUCGAGGAUACCAACACCAAACCCAACCAAGGCUCCAACACAAACUCCGUCUCGAUUCCCAACUGGAAGGCCGUCGGUCUCACCAACCAGAGAGAAUUCUUCCUUACCAACCCCGUCUCCUAGUAUUUCCCCGACAGAUGUUGCAUCUGUUCCACCAACUCAGUUUCCUAGUCAGGAACCAUCCAAAAUCCCGACCACGCAACCAUCCAAAAUGCCAACCAACAUUCCGUCGAUAUCGCCCACUGUAUCCCCGGCGCCAUCGAGCAAUCCAACGACGCCUCAACCAUCUUCGCUGCCAUCGUUUGGUCCAACUAUGCAGCCAAGUUAUGAACCCAGCUCGUUGCCGUCGAGUUCGCCUUCUCAGUCACCCUCUUUACCCCAACAAGAAGUCUUGAUUGUCUCGUUCAUGACGCUUGCACCAUAUCGAUCAACAUCUGUGUUGUCCGGUACUUCUUCUAUCGCAUUUGAACGGGCAACCCGGGAGCAUGUGUUUCAACAAAUUAAGCUGUUGGAUAUUGAACCAGAACUUUUGGAAUUGAGUGUUCAGACUGACAUCAAAACCCAAGUCCCACCGGAGGCUCCCAGUGCGGCCGAUCAAUCGAACGAUGCAAGAUUGCUACAGAACGCCAGGUUUGCAAACAAUUCGCUGAUUGUGGAAUUUAAUGUAUUUGUAACCUUUCGCUCUAUGAGCAACGACCACGAUUUGGAUGAGUUCGUCUUUUCUGCUUGGGAUGCACCCGGUGAGAAGGAAUCAUUUAUCAAUCGCUUGAAAUCGCUCUCUUCGUUUUUCCAAAAUAUCGAGGAGGUCAACGUAGAAGUUGAGGGCUUUAUACCAAAGAGACCUGAUCCAGUCGAUCUUGCUGAAGAUGGACCAGAUAUUGCGGUGAUUGCGGGGGGUGCUGGUGGUGGUGCGCUGUUGCUUCUCUUGUGCGGCUACUUGUACGUCCGAAACAAGAGCGAGAAGGAAGGGAUAAAUGACUAUGAUCAAACCAAGGCAACGACACAAUCUGGUCAAAGAAUAGCGGCCGAAAUUUUGGUGGAACCACAAGAUGAAGUCAGUACGCUUGGUGACCCAAUGUUUGCUCCGGGAGGUAUGCUUAUUGGGAGUCUGGAAAAGGACGAAGUCACUGCAAGUGUCGGCGACGACUAUGACUAUGCCAGACAAUAUCGAAACGAACGGAAUCCAGCCUCACUGGCUGGAGACCGGUCAAGACUAAUGUCAGAAGACUAUACAAAGUCUUCGUCUGUGAAUUCUGCCACCAUGAUGUCGAAACUAGGGCGUAUGGGCGAAUCGCUAUUUGCUGACGAUGCUUCCUUUGAACAGCAAUUCGCUCAACCGGAAGAGCGAUUCGACGUUGUUGCACCUGCUGGAAAACUAGGGAUGGUGAUUGACACACCCAACGGCGGCUUCCCGGUGGUCCAUGCUAUUAAAGACACAAGUGUUCUGUCGGACAGGGUGCGUGUUGGCGACCGUCUACUCUCGGUGGACGGGGAUGACUGUACCGCAAUGACAGCUAUGCAAGUGUCAAAGCUAAUCAGUCUCAAAUCCGAGAAACCUGCUCGUGUUCUUGUAUUCGCUCGCUCUAAUGCGAGUCCAACCGCGUAA